AUGAGUAAAAUUUCAUUCUUACGUUCUUGUUUCUACAUGAUGGUUAAUUCAGCGUCUCUGGGCCUUGUUCUCGAGGAAGCAAAAGAGUCGGACGCCCAGCGCAUUGCUGACCUCCAUAUGAGUGCCUUUGGCACCAAUUACAUGCUUCUUGCUCAAUUCCCAACUACCGCUGCCCGAGAUGGUCUGAGGAAUUGUCUGGCUGGAAAGAUCAGAGAGGAGAUUCGAGACCCCAGAUGGGCGGUAUUAGUUGUCCGACAUGGUCAGGGACGCCCAAUCAGUUUUGCGAAAUGGCGUCGUCCGAUAUACAUAUCUGAAAAGUGCGAAGAGCAUCCGUGGCAAUGGCCUGAGGGAACAAACCUGGGCAUUCUAGGUGAAUGGGGUGCAAGAGUCGAUGAUAUGAACCGAAAGAUUAUUGGGGAUUCGCCAUGCUACCGCCUCAGUUUCAUAGCUACUGACCGCGAAUAUGAACGCCAGGGCGCGGCAAGCUUACUUGUCAAAUGGGGUCUUGAGCACUGCAAUAAGGAGCAAGUCUCGGCAGCCCUUGAGAGUACGAUGGAUGCUGUACUGUUCUACAAAAAACUGGGGUUCGUAGACGAAGGAAAGAUAUCGAUGAAAUUAAACGGAGUCGGGACUAAAGGCGAAUCGGUACUCUACGAAGAAAGCUUGUUUGUCUUCAGACCAAGUCCGGCCGCAAAUUAA